CCCGAGCCGGCGUGCGGGUAAGCGGUACCCCCGUCCCCAGCUCCCGGAGCCCUCCCCGGGGCCGCAGGCCUUUCCUCCCCGUCCCGCCCGGUCCAGCCCUCGGCAGGAGGCGGCUGGAGCUACUGGGACCAUAACCGGGGCCCCGGGCCCUCCCUGCCCGCCUCUUCCGGGGCCUGGCGCUGCCGCCCCGCUCCCCGAGCCGCUUCCCCGGGCAUCGAAAGCCCGCGGGGGCACCGCUGGGGUAGGGCUGGGCUCGGCUCCCGGCUGCCUGCCGAGCUCGUAUCAUCAUCAUCAUCAUCAUCAUCAUCAUCAUCAUCAUCAUCGCGCCCUGCUGCGAUCGUGUUUUGCUCCGUGACAGAUCCCGUGCCCGCCUGGGAGAGGAAUGAAGCCCCAGUGACCGCUUGGUGCGGCAGGAAAGUCGGUGGCUCUGUCAGGACGAGGUCCCUGCUGGAAUUGCUGCAGAGCCGCGCUGCGUGCAGAGCCUGGCUUCUGCAGAAGCACCUGUUAGCGGGGCAGAGGGUUGAGGCACUUCAACAGCUGUCAGGAAGAUAAAGGGCCUUUCUCCGAAACACCCUGCUCUGUGUGCCCCCACACUGCAGCUCCUGCCACUGGCUGCCCUGGUGGUGGUCGCCAUUUGGCACCAGGCAGCGCUCCAGCGUGACCGGGCCGUGCCUGCUAACUUCGGAGCCUCUGGGGCCAACAUUGAGUUCUUUUAACCAUUUGCAUCAUUUAGUAACUCAGCAUUACAUAUUUCUUUUAGAAACAUGAGAUUUGUCUUGCUACCUCCUUCAGCAGGUGUUCCAGAAGAUUUCAGUGUGCUCCAUGUGGAUUCAUUCGCCAUGCAAGGAGACUCAGAAGCCAUCUAGAAGCCUUUUCCUCACCAGUGCUUUAUUGUCAGCACCCCAUGAAUUUGGGAAGAUACAAGAAGAAUCUGGAAAUGCUGGUGAAUUGCUUCUCUUGGAUCUCUAGGUUCUGGCUCUGCUGACAGAAGGGUGACAGCUAAAGUUGCCAGUGAAGAGUCAAAUCCCUGCUCCACCAUUGGCUUUCUGUCCUACACUGUGCCUUAAACAUGGAAACUGUAGAAAUGAAUAGCGUAUCCUUGAAACGUCCUCAUUCUGAGGAUGAUGUGGCUAAUGCAGACGAAAUUAAAAGACAGAAGAUCUCAGAGAAGUCUCAGACAGGGAACAACUCUGGGCAGAGCGUUGAGACUGUAAACGAACAACCUGACAAAUCUCUGCUUGAGGACACGAAAAAUGAAAUAAUCCCCAAUGAGGAAGGUGAGGAGCAAGAAGAUGAGGAACUAGAGGACAGUGAUGAAGAUGGAGAUCCAGAGAGCUUUGCAGACAUGAUGAAGCAUGGACUGACAGAAAGUGAUGUUGGCAUAACUAAAUUUGUUAGCUCUCAUAAAGGGUUUUCUGGAAUCUUAAAAGAGAGAUACUCGGACUUUGUUGUUCAUGAAAUAGGCAAAGAUGGACGUGUGAGCCAUUUAGAUGACUUUUCUGUCCCAGUGGAUGAUGAGGACCCAUCGGAAGAAACAUUUACAGUUUUGUCAGAGGAAGACAAGCAGCGUUUAGAGGAGCUCCAGCUUCUUAAGAAUAAAGAAACUAGUGUUGCUAUCGAGGUAAUUGAAGACAGUAAAGAGAAAAGAACAGUCAUCCAUCAAGCUGUUAAGUCCUUGUUUCCUGGACUGGAGACUAAAACAGAAGAUCGAGAUGGAAAAAAAUACAUUAUUGCCUAUCAUGCUGCUGGGAAAAAAGCACUGGCAAAUCCAAGAAAACACUCUUGGCCAAAAUCUAGGGGAAGCUACUGCCAUUUUGUACUGUACAAGGAGAACAAGGAUACUAUGGAUGCCAUUAAUGUCCUAUCAAAAUUUUUAAGAGUGAAGCCAAACAUAUUUUCCUACAUGGGAACUAAAGAUAAAAGGGCUAUAACAGUUCAAGAAAUUGCUGUUCUUAGAAUCACUGCACAAAGACUUGCUCAUCUGAAUAAAUGCUUGAUGAACUUUAAAUUAGGAAAUUUCAGUUACAAGAACCAUCCGCUGAAAUUAGGAGAGCUGCAAGGGAACCAUUUCACUGUUGUUCUCAGAAAUAUAACAGGAACUGAUGACCAGAUAGAACAAGCAAUGAACUCUCUCAGGGAAAUUGGAUUCAUUAAUUACUAUGGAAUGCAAAGAUUCGGGACUACAGCUGUUCCUACAUACCAAAUUGGCAGAGCUAUUCUACAGAACAAUUGGAAUGAAGUAAUGGAUUUGAUAUUAAAACCACGACCAGGAGCUGAAAAGGGAUACUUAGUAAAAUGCAGAGAAGAAUGCAAGACUAAAGAUCCAGCAGCAGCCCUCAAGAAACUACCUGUAAAAAGGUGCGUGGAGGGACAGCUUCUACGUGGACUCUUAAAGUAUGGAAUGAAGAACAUAAUCUCUGCAUUUGGCAUAAUACCAAGAAACAAUCGUUUAAUGUACAUUCAUAGCUACCAGAGUUACGUCUGGAAUAAUAUGGUGAGCAAGAGAAUAGAAGAAUAUGGGCUUAAAGCUGUACCGGGAGAUCUCACACUUAAAGGAGCCACAGCUGUUCACAUUGAAGAAGGAGAUGUUCAUAACUACACCAUCCAUGACGUUGUGAUGCCCUUGCCUGGAUUUGACGUUAUUUAUCCAAAGCAUAAAAUUGGUGAGGCCUACAAGGAAAUGCUUGUAGCUGACAAUCUUGAUAUCAACAACAUGAGGCAUAAGAUCAGAGAUUAUUCACUUUCUGGAGCAUACAGAAAGAUUAUUAUUCGACCUCAGAAUGUCAAUUGGGAAGUUGUUGCAUAUGAUGAUCCUAAAAUCCCAUUAUUUACUACGGAUUUGGAUAAGUUGGAAGGAAAACCAUUACCAGUUCUUCCUACAGAUGGUAAGUUCAGGGCACUGAAGAUGGAGUUCUCCCUUCCCCCGUCCACCUAUGCUACUAUGGCGAUUCGAGAAGUUUUGAAAAUGGACACAAGCAUAAAAAACCAGACACAACUGAAUACUACCUGGUUACGCUGAAUGAGCUGCUAAAAUGUCUUAGCUUUUAACAUGUAUAAAGUGUUUUCCUAUUGACAUGUUCUGUACAAAUCUUAAAGAUUGCUAGUAAGAGAUUUGUAUUUUUUUAAGUUUUUAUUAGUGCAAGCAUUUCACUUCAGUAGUCAUUUACAAGAUGGUGUAAUAUAAUAUAGGUUUUAGUGACUGGUGCUUUUAAAUGAACAAAUAAAUGUGUUGCUUGAGCUUUA